GUCACGUUCUGUCCAGUAAAGGUGACGGCAGGCAACACACAUGUACAGGCUGUAGUAUCGCUGGCCCUGCUGAUCGCAAAUCUAUAUAGAUACAUGCACAUUCGACGAAACUUGGAAGAUAUCAUACAGACGUUUCCUAGUGUAAAACUAUGAACUUCAACCAGAUAUCAACAUAUUCAAAACUGUGAUACUGGAUUUUGACGAGAAAUUUUGAUUUACGAUUCUCACCACAGAACUGAAUUUGGUUUUGAAAUAUCUACAAUGGCUGGGAGACUCGCGAAGAACGUAACAGAGGAAUUCCUGACAUGUCCGGUGUGUUUAGAGCGAUUCAAAGAGCCCCGGACAUUGCCCGGAUGUGAGCAUUCCUUCUGUCUUGCUUGUCUAGCAGGACAUAUAGACCGAACUCUAUCAGACGACACAUUUCGCUGUCCGGUCGAUAGAGCAGAAAUCAAAUUGACAAAUGACGUUAAGGAUCCCUGGGUCAUUGCAGCUAGCUAUGACGUCAACCCAACACUGGAUGGAUUUUUACGUGUUGUUCACAACGACAUACGACGAAAUAGCGACGCUCCAUCAUUCUACUGCUUCGCAUGCCAGACGUUGACAACUGCCGAGGCAGCGGUAGAGGGGCACAAGGGCGACGACUGUGAGUGCAUCAAGCUAUCCAAGGCCUAUACCAGAGUCUUACCGUCUCUCGUAGGCUACAGACAAGAUCUGGAAAAGAUGCUUCGCGAAACUGACAGGUUGCGCUGGCAGAAGAAUGGAACAACAGGCCUGUCAGAGUCUCAGCAAGAGGUACUACAACAGAUCGAACUGUACGAAUCCAAACUUGAGACGUUUUACAUGGAUACGAAGGAAAAGGUGAGUUUGCUGAAGGGAGAGGUCUUGGAGUACGUUGUCGAACAAGAUGUCGGCGAGGUUGAAGAUGACAUGGAAGCGGUUCGAGAUCAGAUCAAAGACGCGUAUAUCGACCUGAAUGACGCGAUUGACGACGAGAACAUGGGGUGCCUGUUGAUGUCAUUCUCGGACAUGAAACCGAAGAUUACAAAGCUUCGAAAACGCCUAAACUCUACACUCGGCAAAAGUUCACGUAACUGUAGCUUCGAGUUUGUUCCGGAUCCAAAACUACAAGAGCUCUUUCACAAUCAGCUGAACUUCGGUACGCUGCAUUCUAUCGAACACUUCAAUUUCAGUGGCCAGCCUAAUCCAAGCGAGGCCUCCCGCGUUAACUUCUAUGACGUAGCCGUUAAUGGGAAAUACAUCAUCAUUACAGAUGGUGAGAAUGGUAUCAUCAGGCGCUUCCUUAUCGACGGAAGCUACGUCGACAGCAUGUCAAUCACCAAUCCCUGUCGGAUCACCUUCACAGCAGAAAGCGAAAUCGCUGUCACUAGAUUCUUCAAGAAGAAAAUAACAACAAUAACCCUCGGUAGAAAAAUGCACGUGAAAGAUCACAUGAAGACCAAGCGUUCCUAUGUGGGGAUAUGUUUUCUCAGUCACGACAAAUUCGCCGCAACUUUCUACAGCGACGAUGAACGAUCCGGAAUCGAUAUUAUUUCUAAAAAGGGCGAAAUUCAACACUCGCUUCUCAGUAACACUUCCGGAGCUGGGAAUGACCCACUCUUUCUAGUCCCUAUGUUCCUGACGAAAACGUCGAACGGAAACAUUGUAUUCUGUGACUUUAGCGAUACCCGCCAUGUCAUGUGUGUGAGUGACGCGCUUUCGCCGCUGUGGUGUCGUCAAGUUGAGAGCACGCCUUGUGGAGUCACGUGUGACGCAGACACGGUGUACGUUAGUUUGCCGGAUGCGAAUCACGUGAUUGCACUCGACCAAAAGGACGGCGAGAAAUUGAGAAACAUUGUAAAGCCAACUGAUGGGGUGAAACGUCCGUACGCGACGAGCGCGUGCGGUGGAGAACUUGUCAUUACAGAGGACGAAUCCGACAAGAUCCAUAUAUUCCGUGUAUGACGUCGUAAUUUUAUGUAAGUCAUGAGAACGUUGAAUAAUGGUAUUGCAUCUACGGGAGGUCCACAGAGCAUUCCGUGCUUGACAUUCGGAAUGUCCCAUCCGUGUUUGGCGUCAGGAGGGUCCGUAUGCUGUCUAGGCUAGACGCGUGGGUCGACUGCAAUAUUCAUAAUUACUGAUUGCACAUGCCUUCCUCGUUUGCCACCCACGUAUUUAGUUCUGUUGAUGCGAGAGGACAAAUAGAGCAAGUCACUGCCAACGUGAAAAAUGAACAGACUUUGGAAACUACGUGUAGGUCUGUGAUAAUUGCACAAAGAAAAAUACAAGUUAAAUAGUUUAUACACACACAUGUUCUAGAGUCAUGAAGCAGUGUUUAGCCCGUCAUGCAAGUAGUGUCAGAUUAUCAAAUGUAAUUCAUUCUGUUUCAUUUUAUAUCAUACCCAUGUUGCCUAUGGGUAUACUAAUGCGCCGGAUUAUACCCUUGUUGAGUUACAUAUCGUUGUGUGAUGUAUAUAGUAUACAUACAUGUAUAUAUACGGGUGUUGUUAAAUGAAUGCCAUUUGAUCACUGUAUUUGGCAAAAUAUUAAAUGAA